AAGUCUGGCCCUGGCCGAGGCGCUGAGAGCAGCGAGUCUCGGGCCGGCUGGAAGACGCCGUGUGAGCUGGAGGAAAGUCGGACUCCCGGAGCUCGCCACUUUGUCGAGGUGCCUAGAGAAACAUUAAAAGAGAAAUAUUCAUGAAUUUCAGAAGAGUAAAACCUAUCAGAGAAAGUUACAGGAAGUUACCUAAGCUAUGAAACCUACAUAGUGGAAUACCACAGUGCCCCUCCCUCUGGGUAUAUGAUGAGGAGGAGAGUUUGGCUUUGGAGUGCUGGGAACCUGAGCAGUUGCUGAGGAAUCAGAGCCCAGCCUGACCACUGGAGAGCCCACAACACGAUGAACAAACUGAACUUCCAUAACAACAGAGUCAUGCAAGACCGACGGAGUGUGUGUAUUUUCCUUCCCAACGAUGAGUCUCUGAACAUCAUCAUAAAUGUUAAAAUUCUGUGUCACCAGUUGCUGGUCCAGGUGUGUGACCUGCUCAGGUUAAAGGAUUGUCACCUUUUUGGACUCAGUGUUAUACAAAAUAAUGAGCAUGUAUAUAUGGAGCUGUCGCAAAAGCUUUAUAAGUAUUGUCCAAAAGAAUGGAAAAAAGAGGCCAGCAAGGUACGACAAUACGAAGUCACUUGGGGUAUCGACCAGUUUGGGCCUCCCAUGAUUAUCCACUUCCGUGUGCAGUACUAUGUGGAGAACGGUAGACUUAUAAGUGACCGAGCAGCAAGAUACUAUUAUUACUGGCACCUGAGGAAACAAGUCCUGCACUCGGAGUGUGUGCUCCGCGAAGAGGCCUACUUCCUGCUGGCGGCCUUUGCCCUGCAGGCUGAUCUUGGGAACUUCAAAAGGAACAAGCACUGCGGAAAGUACUUCGAGCCCGAGGCUUACUUCCCCGCGUGGGUUGUUUCCAAGAGGGGGAAGGAUUACAUCCUGAAGCACAUUCCAAACAUGCACAAAGACCAGUUCGCGCUGACAGCCUCUGAGGCGCAUCUGAAGUACAUCAAAGAGGCCGUCCGGCUGGACGAUGUCGCUGUGCAUCACUACAGGCUGUACAAGGAUAAAAGGGAAAUUGAAGCUUCACUGACCCUGGGAUUGACCAUGCGGGGAAUACAGAUUUUCCAGAACCUUGAAGAGGAGAAACAGUUACUUUAUGAUUUCCCUUGGACAAAUGUUGGGAAAUUGGUGUUUGUGGGCAAGAAGUUUGAGAUUUUGCCAGAUGGCCUGCCCUCGGCCAGGAAGCUUGUGUACUACACAGGGUGCCCCACACGUUCCCGCCACCUCCUGCAGCUUCUGAGUAACAGCCACCGCCUUUACAUGAACCUGCAGCCUGUCCUGCGCCACCUCCGCAAGCUGGAGGAGAACGAAGAGAAGAAGCAGUACCGGGAAUCGUACAUUAGCGACAACCUGGACCUUGACAUGGACCAGCUGGAAAAGCGGUCACGAGCCAGCGGGAGCAGUGCGGGCAGUGUGAAGCAUAAGCGUCUGUCUCGGCAUUCUACCACGAGCCACAGCAGCUCCCACACCUCGGGCAUCGAGGCAGACACCAAACCCCGGGACCCGGGACCAGAGGACAGCUGCUCAGGCAGCGCCCUGCACCGCAAGCUGAAGACCUGCAGCUCCAUGACGAGCCACGGCAGCUCCCACACGUCCGGCGUGGAGAGUGGCGGCAAAGACCGCCUGGAAGAAGACUCUCAGGAUGACGAAAUAGAGAUGCUGGUGGAUGAUCCCAGGGACCUGGAGCCAAUGAACGAAGAGUCGCUGGAAGUCAGCCCCGACAUGUGCAUCUACAUCACAGAGGACAUGCUUCUGUCGAGGAAGCUGAACGGGCACUCUGGGUUGAUUGUAAAAGAAAUUGGUUCUUCCACCUCCAGCUCUUCAGAAACAGUUGUCAAACUUCGUGGACAGAGUACUGAUUCCCUUCCACAGACCAUAUGUCGAAAACCAAAGACUUCCACUGAUCGCCACAGCCUGAGCCUUGAUGACAUCAGACUGUACCAGAAAGACUUCCUGCGCAUCGCGGGUCUGUGUCAGGACACUGCUCAGAGUUACACCUUUGGGUGUGGCCAUGAACUGGACGAAGAAGGCCUCUACUGCAACAGCUGUUUGGCUCAGCAGUGUGUCAAUAUCCAAGAUGCUUUUCCAGUUAAAAGAACCAGCAAAUACUUUUCUCUGGAUCUCACUCAUGACGAAGUCCCCGAGUUCGUUGUAUAAAGUCCACCUGCAUGCAGCCCUGCGGGCAGCUGCUGCUUGCUGGAGGCCGUGGAAGUCCUAGGCUCUUCACAUAGAACUUGUGCCAUAUUUUCUUCACCUCAGACUUAGCUCUUUCUUUAUAAUAUUUGUGAUGGAAACAAAAGCCUUGGGACAAUUGCACUUUAAGUAUUAUGCAGAGAAGUAAGAGGACUACAGAGAAUGUACGGGAAGACAAGUGCCCAAAUGUUUAUUGACCCUUUGGAAGGAAAUGUGCUUUUUUCAGAGUAUUGGACUGUGGUGUGUGUGUUCAUUUGUUGUUUUCUAGUUCAGGUGCAUUUUUUUUAAUCACAAAAAUACGAUGAGCUUACUUGUUUGCCUGUAAAUGUUUUUUUUUAUUUUUUUCUAUUGACCACUCCCUCAUGAGAUGCUCAUGGUUUGAGGGAGGAGAGAGGGAAGGUUCUCUCUUCUUUUAGUGGAGAUACCAUUGCUUAUUACAUAGCCAUUACUGCCUCACAGAGGUUGUCCCAAAGUGAACACUGACAUUGUGGUUGAAGUCAUGUGGUUCUAGCAAGCCAAAGAUGUGCCCAUCUGAAUCCAGAAGAAGUGAACGAAGCAAUAACCGGAAGACUGUGCAGGGAUGCCUGUGUAAGUUUCAUGCCCACCGCGUCAUGUCCACUGCAUCACACUCCCAGCAAGUUCUGGGAUUCGCUUGUGCUUGGACAUAGCACGUUUUGUGGAGUUUACAAAACUGGUGUUUGUUAAAACAAUGGUAAUGUCUUAGAAAGUAUUUGUGUUUGGUGGUAUUUUUCUUUGUUGUUUUUUAAUUAUGAAGAACAAGUAGUGGUAAUGCUAUCUUAUGUCUGCCCAAUAUACCCUAACUGUAUGUAUAUGUUCUACAUAUAUAAGUACCUGGGACUGUGCUUACAUAUGUUUAAAGGUUAGUGAGUCUUCAUGUUGACUUCCAUGACUAUCUUCCUUACAUAGAAUUUCUCUAAUGUAGAGGGUGCUUCACUGAAUGAAUAAUACCGAGAGACAAUCAAAGAUGAUGUAGAGUUAAGAGUGACUUUCCUCGCGUGCCUUUGGCCAUGAUUCUCAGCCCUGAUUGCAUAAUAGAAUAGUCUGAGUCCCAACCCAGGCCAAUGAAUUCAGUCUGUCAUGGGUGGGACCCAGGUAAAACUGCCUUUUCUUUUAAAGUUUCCAGAAGAUGCUGAAGUGCAACAGGGCUGACACACACUGGCCCAGGAGAAGUCUUUUUGUUGAUUCUGGAGUAGACAGAGGGAGUAGUCAGUGCAUGAGAAAGAGCCACUGUUCAGACCGUGACUGCCAUGCUGCUGUUAGGGUGUGAAAUGGAAGCAAAUCAGGAGAAUUACCAGCCUUUUGAUGUACAGGGAAAACGUUGCUCGCACUUCAGGAGAGAACUUCAUAGCACAAUGUCUUUCUAUGAGAUGUUUUUAAUGAUUUAGUAUUUUACAACAUUUGUUUACCAUAUUUUGAUAUACCAUUUUUGCUAUCUGCCAGGUUUUAUUAAAAGACUAUUGUUUUCUAAAGAAGCUCAUAUUUUUGUACAAAAUUAUGUUUUCAAGUAACAAAGAAAUAGAUUUAGAGUACAGCAGAACAUAAGCAGUGUUCCCUGUGGAUGGGAGUCAGUAUUAUAAAACAAACGGUGACCACAAGCAUGCCCCACCCCAUGCUUCCCUCCUGUGCACAGCAUGGACAGACCUUGUCCAGUUACUUACAAAUGACACUUUAGAAGGAAAAAUAAGUUCUUUGCAGUUAUAUGGUCAUGAAAUUAUUUUUCUUUUGUCAGAUGCUUUUAAAAGAACCAAAGUUUCAGGUGUCAGAAUGUAUAAAAGUAUCUGUAUAAAAGGAUAAAAGUACAAAGGGAUCACUUAAUGACUCUUAUUCUGAAUGAUUAAAUAAUCCUCCAUUCCCUAUAGAUGCUCAGAGGCAAAUCCUGGUGAAGUUCAUACUCCAAGGAAUCCAGGUCACAAUGCACAGUGUGUUUCCAUAACCCUUAGCAUUUCUUGAAAAGGUAAAGCAAAGGUUAUUGAAUUGAACAGUUAACACUUUGUGGUUUAUUUUCUCUCGCCUUUAGCAAAAAUCUGCUCUUCAGGGUUUUGCCAGCAUUGCUGGUGGUUUUGCACACCCUCUUUCUAGUUGGAUUGGUAAACAGUCUUGAGGAUUUUCAAACAUGAAACCUGCUAGGAACAUUUUUGCUUUCUGACCCACUGUUCACAGCUGAAUAGUAUAUAUAUGUAUAUAUAAAUAUGUAUAUGAAAAUCCACUUUGAAUAAUCUACAUUUUGUAUUUGGAAGUUGUUUUUAAAAAUAAAGGAAAAGAAAGGUAUAAAGCUUUCAUGUAUUCUGCACUUGUUACAUACCCAUGGCUGGUAAGUAUACCAAUUUGGUAUUCUGCCUCUACAUGCCAUCUACAUUUGUAUUUGCAACAAAGAGCUUUAUAUCUGCAUAAGCUGUAAAUAAUCCUUUCUGUGAAAGGAUCGUCAUAUUGGGGUGAUACCAAAAGUAUGUAAAAAAAAGAACUACAUUGUUUUGUAAUUAUUUCUUAUAGGUGUUUCAUGAUAAGAUUAGCAGUCAAUAAAGUUAACUGUUUCUGCCUUUAAA